CUCUCCUCAAGCUUCUUCACUACCAUGGGUAGUAAGACUCUGCCAGCACCCGUGCCCAUCCACCCUUCCCUGCAGCUCACCAACUACUCCUUUCUGCAAGCCUUCAACGGCCUGCCAGCAGUGCCUUCGGACCACCUUCCAAAUCUCUAUGGCUUCAGUGCUUUGCACGCCGUUCACCUUCACCAAUGGACCCUGGGCUAUCCGGCCAUGCAUUUGCCCCGUUCAUCCUUCUCCAAAGUGCCUGGCAUGGCCAGCCUGGUGGAUGCCAGGUUCCAGUUACCUGCCUUCCCUCUGUUCCCUCACGUCAUCCAUCCCAAGCAAGAAGCCAGCGGUGUGCCGCUGAAAGCCAAGCCCAGGUUUGACUUUGCGAAUCUUGCUGUGGCAGCCACCCAAGAGGACCAUUUGAAACUCGGACAGAUCGAGAACCAAGGUUCCUCGCCAGGCUUAGGCUCAUUGCUUGAGGUGACCAAGCUUUCUCCCGAGAAGAAACCCACCCGGGGGAGGUUACCUUCCAAAACCAAGAAGGAAUUUGUGUGCAAAUUUUGUGGCAGACACUUCACCAAGUCGUAUAACCUUUUGAUUCACGAAAGAACCCACACGGAUGAAAGGCCGUAUACGUGUGACAUUUGCCACAAGGCCUUCAGAAGACAAGAUCACUUGAGAGAUCACAGAUAUAUCCACUCUAAAGAAAAGCCAUUUAAAUGUCAAGAAUGUGGGAAAGGAUUUUGCCAAUCCAGGACUCUUGCUGUUCACAAGACACUGCACACACAAGUAAAAGAGCUUAAACCUUCCAAAAUCAAGUGUUAAAGCUUCCAGUCCCUAAGAACUUCAUUCUCCUUUCUGACUUUUUAGUCAAAUUCAUACCAAAGACAAAGGGGAACACACUGAACAUUAAUUUAAUUGCUUAAAAAAGAAAACCAAAUGCACACAAAAUACAGCCAGCUUUUCUACACCCUGAGCAAUAACACUGAUUUGCUUCCG